AGAUUCGCGUCUGUAGGCUACUGUAAAGCUUAAGCCCAAAGCUGAUGAUUCUUCUCAUCUUUGUUUACGGACAAAUGAAAUGCUGAUAAAAGUCUGCAUUUGAAAUAUAGACAAAACUUGUACAGUUAAUUCUGUUUUGUUUUCAAUGAUGUUGCUGGGUGCAGGCAUUUGAUUGUUUCGCUUCUACACAUUUACGCAAGCAUUCUGAAAAAAAUUGAUGUUAUAGCCUAUUCGGCAUGGAUUGCAAAGAUGACACCAUUGUUGGCGUCAAUAAAUUGAUAAGGUUGAAUCCUUCAACAGGUCAAGAUUCACCCUCUGCACGAAGUGGUCACAGAGCUGUCGCUAACGAAACCCACAUGUGGGUUCUUGGGGGGUACAACCCUGGGAAUGUCAAUACACCGCUUUUCAGGGAAAUUUGGAGGUUGAAUAUUGCAACAGGACAAUGGAAUUUAAUGCAGUGCGAAGGAGACAUGCCAGGGGAACUUGCGUCGCAUUCAACCAUCAUCGACAACAGUCACAUGCUUGUAUUUGGUGGAACCGGAUAUCCAUUUGGAAUAAAUAGUAGCAACAAAUUGAGUGUAUGUAACUUACGAUCAGGUGUUUGGAGAGAACUAAAAUGUGAUGGAAAUCUACCUGAUGAAAAGUAUGGACAGGCGAUGACACUUUACAAAAGGAAGUUAAUUGUUCAUGGAGGAACAUCUGGAUAUUUUUAUAAUACUGAUCUACACAAAUUAAACUUGAAGACAUUAAAAUGGAACAGAAUCAUACCAAAUAACGUGUUUUCGGAAAUGCCAGCUGAAAGGUACAGACAUGAAAUUGCAUUAUUUCAAGACAAUCUUAUUAUCCUGGGCGGGGGAACAUCAAAUUCUGUCAAUAAUCUAAGAAUAUUGCAUUCUUUCAAUUUUAAAACAACACGAUGGACAUGUCGUGUCACAAAACCAGAUUCUUUACAAAACCCUGGUUAUCCUGCAUCCAGACGUUGCCAUGGUUGUGUGCAAUUGCAAGAUGAAGCCGUAAUAAGUGGUGGAUAUGAUGGUAUCCGUAUUACUGGAGAUGUUUGGAAAAUCAAUUUACGAACUAUGCAAUGGACAAAAAUAACUGAUAUGAUAGAGCCAGUUUAUUUCCAUUCUGCAACUGUGACUCCGGAUGGACGCAUGUAUAUAUUCGGUGGUGUUUCUUGCAUUGAACCAAACAUUCGAACUGCAAGUUGUUACAGAAUGUGGUUGAGACUACCAAGUCUUCAAACAUUAUGUUGGCAAAAGUUGCUCAAUUCUUUCCCCCAACUAAAAAAAUUACCUCACAAAAAACUUAUUGAGCUUGGUGUGAACAGAAGCUUGACCAGUCAGUUGCCUUACCCAGUAGGAGCAUGAUCAAGAUAAAGUGUGCUGUACAUGGUUACGGGGUUGAGUCAUUGAACUGAUUCAUCAUUGCUGGUUUUGGACAGAUAAAAUGUUGCUUUCGAUGUUGUGGUAUCGGAAAUACCUCAAAAAAAUUCAUUCUUCCCUAAUAAAGAAUAUUUAUUUUUGAAAAAUCCACAGUGGAGCGAGUGUUACCUAUUAGUAAUAACUAUCUAUCUCUAUUGCAAGCAUCUGGUUUUAAUGUAAUUUUUUGCCUUCAUCUAGCGGCCUGGGAAGUAUAGAAUGCUCCCCCCCAAUCACAAAAUAAACACCUUAUAUAAUUAAUUACUAGUCCAGGCUGCUUGCUUUUAAUGCUACUCUAUUUAUCAUUUUUUCGCAUGGUGUUUUUAGGCUAGAAUUAAGCACUUAAAAAUUUGUUGUUUUUCAAAUAUAUAAUUUUCUUUCAACUGGG